AUGCUGCGCUGCAUGCCGCCGCUCUGGCGCUGCAACCGGCACGUGGAGGCGCUGGACCGGCGGCACUGCUCGCUGCAGGCCGUGCCCGAAGAGAUUUACCGCUACAGCCGCUCGCUGGAGGAGCUGCUGCUGGACGCCAACCAGCUCCGGGAGCUGCCCAAGCCUUUCUUCAGGCUCCUGAACCUGCGCAGGCUGGGUCUGAGUGACAAUGAAAUCCAGAGGCUGCCCCCCGAGGUUGCCAACUUCAUGCAGCUGGUGGAGCUGGACAUCUCCCGUAAUGACAUUCCAGAAAUUCCUGAAAGCAUCAAAUUCUGCAAGUCCCUGGAGAUCGCAGACUUCAGUGGGAAUCCUCUCUCCAGGCUUCCAGAGGGCUUCACACAGCUUCGGAGCUUGGGCCACUUGGCCUUGAAUGAUGUGUCCCUGCAGAGCCUCCCCAAUGACAUUGGGAAUUUGGCAAACCUGGUGACUUUGGAGCUACGUGAGAACCUGCUAAAGACUCUCCCCACCUCGCUCUCCUUCCUUGUCAAGUUAGAGCAGUUGGAUCUUGGUGGCAAUGACCUGGAAGUACUGCCGGACACCCUGGGAGCGCUGCCCAACCUGCGCGAGCUCUGGCUGGACCGGAACCAGCUCUCGGCCCUGCCCCUGGAGCUGGGCAACCUCCGCCGCCUGGUGUGCCUGGAUGUGUCGGAGAACAAGCUGGAGCAGCUGCCCAAUGAGAUCAGUGGGCUGGUGGCACUGACGGACCUGCUGCUGUCCCAGAACCUGCUGGAGUGCAUCCCAGAUGGGAUUGGUCAGCUGAAGCAGCUCUCCAUCCUCAAGGUGGACCAGAACCGGCUGACAGAGGUGACAGAGUCAAUUGGGGACUGUGAGAACCUGUCAGAGCUCAUCCUGACGGAGAACAUGCUGACGGCCCUGCCAAAGUCCCUGGGCAAGCUGGGCAAGCUGACCAACCUCAACGUGGACCGGAACCGUCUGACGUCGCUGCCGGCGGAGAUCGGCGGCUGUGCCAACCUCAACGUGCUGUCCCUGCGCGACAACCGCCUGGCCCUGCUGCCCCCGGAGCUGGCCAACACCACCGAGCUCCACGUCCUGGACGUGGCUGGGAACAGGCUGCAGAACCUGCCCUUUGCUUUGACAAACCUGAACCUGAAGGCCCUGUGGUUGGCAGAAAACCAGUCCCAGCCCAUGCUGAAAUUCCAGACUGAGGAUGAUGAGAAGACAGGAGAAAAAGUUCUGACUUGUUACCUGCUCCCUCAGCAGCCCUCUCCCAGCCUAGAGAACCUUCUGCAGAACAGUGUGGAUGAGAGUUGGACAGACACAAACUUAAACAGAGUCAGUGUCAUUCAGUUCCUGGAUGAACCCAAAGGAGAUGAUGAAGAGGAGUCUGGAGCUGAGAGAAGGGGCUUGCAGCGCAGGGCAACUCCUCACCCCAGUGAGCUGAAGGUGAUGAAGAAGGUGAUUGAAGUUCGGCGCAGCGAGGCGCAUGCCGCCAAGGCUGACCCCGACCUGGCCUCUCCUACCUCGGACCUGAGGAACGGGGAGAAGAGGCUGAGCGCCACGUCGCAGCGCAGCGAGGACUCCCACCUGUCCAACAGCACAGCCUCCGCUGACCACAGGGGCGAGGAGCAGGCAGACAGGGGCUGGCCCAACGGGCAGCUGCCUGAGGUGCCCGAGCUGGACAAGGAGGCGAAGCCCAGAGCCGAAGAGGAGCGUAAGGAAGCUGCUGACCAAGAGGAGGAGGAUGUGGAAGUGGAAUACAAUGAGCCCACUGUGCACUUUGCUGAGGACACGCUGAUACGGAGCGAGGAUGAGGAUGAGGAUGAAGAGCGGCCGUUCCCGGUGGAGAAGCAGAGGCUGAUCCGCAAGGACACGCCCCACUACAAGAAACACUUCAAGAUAACCAAGCUGCCCAAGCCAGAGGCAGUGGUGGCACUUCUGCAGGGGUUGAACAGUGAUGGUGUCCCCAAAGAGGAAGAGGAGUUGGGAGGCUGCAAUAACAACACAGAGGCUGAGGAUCAGGAGGAAGCAUGGGAUGAGGAUGACAGAAAGAAUGGAGCUCUAUCUGCUCAGCCAUCAGUGAAGGGGGUGUCGUUUGAUCAAGCCAAUAAUCUGCUGAUUGAACCUGCUCGCAUUGAGGAGGAAGAGCUGACCCUGACAAUCCUGCGGCAGACAGGGGGGCUGGGCAUCAGCAUCGCGGGGGGCAAGGGCUCCACCCCCUAUAAGGGCGACGAUGAGGGUAUCUUCAUCUCCCGUGUGUCAGAAGAGGGCCCUGCAGCUCGUGCAGGGGUUCGUGUUGGGGACAAGCUUCUGGAGGUGAACGGCGUCUCGCUGCACUGCGCUGAGCACCACGUGGCGGUGGAGGCCCUGCGCGGCUCGGGCAGCUCGGUGUCCAUGACGGUGCUGCGGGAGCGCAUGGUGGAGCCGGAGAACGCCAUCACCGUCACCCCGCUGCGCCCCGAGGACGACUACAGCCCCCGCGAGAGGAAGGGUGGCCUGCGCUUCCCAGAGCGGCCCGAGGGGACGCCUCCCACCGAGAGGUUCUCCACCUGCCUCAUGCGCAACGAGAAGGGCCUGGGCUUCAGCAUCGCCGGUGGCAAGGGCUCCACGCCCUACCGGGCAGGGGACACGGGGAUCUUCAUCUCGCGGAUCGCGGAGGGCGGCGCAGCACACCGGGACGGGAUCCUGCAUGUGGGAGACCGGGUCAUCUCGAUCAAUGGGGUAGACAUGACAGAAGCCAGGCAUGAUCAGGCCGUAGCGCUGCUUACCGCGGCCUCCCCCACCAUCGUGCUGCUGGUAGAGCGAGAGGGUGCGGAGCCGCCCGGCGAGGGAGACGCAGCGGGCACCCCGCGGGCACGCAUGCACUCCCCACCGCCCCCCGCCCAUGGCGACAGCCCGCCCGAGGAGACGCCCUCCCUGCAGAGGAACCAUCUCCCCAAGGGCCUGGAGGACCAGUACCCCAUUGAGGAAAUUCACCUUGUCAAAGCAGGUGGUCCCCUGGGCCUCAGCAUCGUAGGAGGCAGCGACCACUCAAGCCAUCCAUUUGGGAUUCAUGAACCAGGUGUCUUCAUUUCCAAGGUCAUUCCCCGGGGGCUGGCAUCGCGUAGCGGGCUCCGUGUAGGGGACAGGAUCCUGGAGGUGAACAGCAUUGACCUGCGCCAUGCUACCCACCAGGAAGCAGUGAAUGCCCUGCUCUCCAACACCCAGGAGCUGACCAUGUUAGUGAGGAGAGAUCCUCCACCACCGGGCAUGCAGGAAAUCUGCAUUGAGAAAGCUCCAGGAGAAAAGCUGGGCAUCAGCAUCCGGGGUGGAGCAAAAGGUCAUGCUGGAAACCCCUUUGAUCCCACCGAUGAAGGCAUCUUCAUUUCUAAGGUGAGCUCCUCGGGGGCUGCAGCCCGCGAUGGCCGCCUGAAGGUAGGCAUGAGGAUCCUGGAGGUGAACCACCAGAGCCUGCUGGGAAUGACCCACACGGAAGCUGUGCAGAUCCUGCGCAGUGUGGGUGAUGCGCUGCUCGUGCUGGUCUGCGAUGGCUUCGACCCCAAGGCUGCAGCUGCCAUCGAGAUGUCCCCAGGAAUUAUUGCAAACCCUUUUGCUGCUGGUAUUGGGCGCAAGAACAGCCUGGAAAGCAUCUCUUCUAUCGAUCGGGAUUUGAGCCCUGAAGAACUGGAGAUCCUGCAGAAGGAGAUGGAAAUGGUGAGAGAAGCAACUCAAUGGGAGAGAGAAGAAAUGGAGAAAGUGGAGUGGAUGCGUAGGGAGCGGGAGGCAGCCACACAGCAGCUUGAGGAGGAGGCAGAGAACAUGACCAGUGAACCCCUGAGGCUGGACUAUCGGACCCUGGCUGCUUUGCCCAGCAGCGGCUUGCAGAGAGUCAAUCGCAGCCUUGCUCAGUGGGAUAAGGCCAGCUCCAGCAUGGAGGGGGACUGCACUCUGCUGGCUCUGCCCGUGGCACAGGACAGCCGGGAGCCGUGCUCAGACCCAGCCGCGGGCCCGGCCGUCGGGAACGUGCCCGGGCUGCCUCAGGACCCUGCCUCGCCUGGCACCAGCGGGGCAGAAAAGCCCCAGCUGGACAAGCAGGAUCCCACAGGUUGCUCCUUGCCCCAGGAGCAGCUGCCAGAGACGCCUGAGCAGGAGUGUUUGGUGGACUCCCAGCCCAUCCUCUUCAGUGAGAACCCCUUUGUGGUGGCCAACCGCAGGGGCAAGGCAGCAGGCAAGGCGUGCCUGGGGGGCCCGCCCCUGGGCUAUGGCAGGGGGGGAGUGCUGAAGACCAACCUUUACUCCAAGGCUCCUGCAGGCGAGGCUGGGACAGGAAGUUCCAGGCGUGAAACCCCCUUUGCCCCUGGCACCCAGCAGAUGCCGGCAGCCCCUCGGCCAGCCCCCCUGCCAGGCAGGGAGACACGCUUUGCUUCCAUUAACUUCAUCACAUCGCAGGAUGACAGCAAAUCAACCAAGCCUGGCGUCAUUCAGCCGCUCUCCCGAGUGCGACCAAACGCUGCCUCGCAUAGCCCGGAGGACGGGGACAGCCCCAACCCCUUCCAGCAACCUGAGCUGUGCCUCAGUACCCACAACACUCAAAAGCCACCUUCACCACCCUCCCCUGAUGAGAUCCCCAUCAACGUCAAGCAAGCCUACAAGACCUUUGCAGCAGUGCCCUUGUCACAGCCUCUGCUCGGGACACAGGAGCUGCCUGGCCAGACCAGCACAGAGAGUCCCAGAGCUGCCCCGGAGGUGGCCGCGCACAGCCCCAGCAGGCACAGCCCCGAGCAGAGGUCCUUCCGCGAGAGGCAGAAGUACUUUGAGAUCGAGGUGAAGCAGCAGCAGGUGGAUAAGCCUCCCAAGCGUGUCUCCUUGGUAGGAGAGGAUGACCUGAAGAAGAUGAAAGAGGAGGAAGCUCGAAAACUGCAGCAGAAACGUACCCUGCUGUUGGAGGAAGAGGCAGAAGAGGAUGAGGUGGUAAAGCAGGUGCCUGAGAUGAGCAUGCAGUCCAGUGUCAUCAUUGAAGGAGUCGAGUACAAGAUUGAGAGGCUAAAUGGAAGGAGCAUCCAGGCUCCAGCAACUCGGCCCUCUGAGGUCAAUGAGAACAACAGCUCACAGAGGAAUUCACUGGAAGAAGGCCUCAAGCCUGAACAAAGAACCAACUCUGUGUCUGGGCUGAGUCCCUCGUACCUGGGAGCGGGGGAGGCGGCGGCGCCGGUGCGGACAGCCAAGGCGGAGCGGCGGCAGCAGGAGCGGCUGCGGAUGCAGAGUCCUGAGCUGCUGAGCGGGCAGGAGAAGGAGCUGUCUCCAGCAGAACGCCGGGCGCUGGAGGCUGAGAAGCGAGCCAUGUGGAGGGCAGCACGAUCCUCAGCUCUUGAAGACAGUAUUAAACAGUACGAGCAGGAUCUGGCCAGGAAGCUGUACCAGUCCCGGCAGUGGGCACCUGCUCCCGGGGCCAGGCCAGCUCAGAUGUCUAGUCCAAGGCAGAGUCACGGCUCAGGAAGCCAAUCCAGGAUGAAAUCACUUGAACAGGAUGCUCUUAAAGCCCAAAUGGUUAUUGCCAAGUCCAAGGAGGGGAAGAAGCGCAGCACCCUGGAGCAGCUGGCAGAGUCACCCUCACCUGUUCCCACCCCAUCACCAACACCACUGGAAGACUGCAGUCCCAGAAGCAUCACUUCUCCUGGAAGGCUGUCCCUGUCUGAAAAGAAGUUUGACUACCGGGAAUUUGCUGCUAUUCCUUCCUCCAAACCUGUUUACGAAAUCCAGUCACCUGAUGCAGCUGAUGACCUCAGAUAUGUAGAUGACAGAAAUAACUCAGCUCCUCAGGAGCAGGAUGGGCAGCCAGAGGAAGAGGACAUGCUACUACCACGAGAUCCACCAACACCUACUUCAUCAGCACUUGAAGAGAUGGCCCUGUACAGCAGCAAGCGCAAGCUCCGACACGGCCGCCGCAGUUUGGAGGCUGCUGUCCCUACGUAGAAGAUCUGCUGCAGCUGGGCGAUGGCGUGGCCCAGCACAGGGCUGCCGAGCUCCUGUGCUCCAGGGACAGCACUGGACUGCCCACACUGCUGCCUCCUGGGCUCUGCAUGGGACCUGAGCACCCCAGGGAGCAUUGUGGUCAACUGACUUCCUUUAAGGCUGUGAACCGCCCUCUUUUCUCUCCCAGCAGUGCACUGGGGCAGGUCCUGAAGGAGACGGGACAACACCAGACUUGUUGAUGGCAAACUGGGAGGAGGUGCGGGCAGGACAGUGGGCAGCUCGUUAGCCUGUAAAUAUUGUGUGUGGGGAAGGGUAGGACAGGGAGAACGUGUGAGUGUGAGAGUGUGCUGGGCUCCAGCUGUUGUUUCCUCAGCUUGAAUUUGUCGGUGGUGAUUACAGGAGCUUCUGCUCUGGUAUGAAUCAGAAGAAAGGCCCCAGCCUGCGUCGGCUCCUGUUUAAUUUCCAGUCUUUUGCCAAGAAACUUCUCCUUCCCCCUCCCGUGCUGUCACCUCACUCUCUUUUGGGAGCGUGUGGAAGUAGCUUGGAGGCAAAAGCAAAACCAAACACACGACAAAAGGAGUUUCAGCAAAGUGCCUCCCUCUGACACUGACACCUGUGUGCUCAAAGACACCUGACCAAGCAGGGGCCUGUGCCAGCUCUGUGCCACCUGCCUCUGUGAGCGCAGUGAGCUCUCAGCUG